GGACAAUUGCAGAUCUUUUUUCAGAAAAUCCCUCUUUUCGUUGUUGAGUAUUCAUAGAACGAAAGCCCAGCUUUCCAUGAAUUCAUCCACAUCUAUCUAAUGUCGCUUUUGAGUCUAUUCAUUCAAUUAUGAUUUUAUUCUUUUAACCUUUUUUUUUAUAUAUCAUUCAUGGAUUCAUUCAUGUUUUCUCUGGAAUAACCCUUACACCUUCCUUUCCUUAUUAUAAGCAUAUCAUUUUUUGUACAAGCAUAUUUCGCUUCUGAUAUAAGCAUAUCCAAUGCUUUUCCACCACACGUAACAACCUGUUUCAAGGUUACUUUUUAAAUUUCUCACUUUCUUCAUCGUUUACCCUCUGUAAAUUCUGCUCUUGUUUUUUAUUGUUUUGUUUUCUUGCUCUUGACUUAUCUAUCUUUUUUAUUUUUAUUUUAUUUAUUUAUUUAUUAGUAUAUCCUUCUUCCUGCGAUCGCUAUGUCUGGCCGCCAUCACUGCUCUGCAGAAUGUGAUGAUCAUCCUUUUGAAUCUGGCCCUAACGAUACUCUUUAUGCCUGCAUACAUAAAGAUGCCAUCGUCACUUUGAACGAGGCUGAAUCUGAUACGGGUAAGCAAGUCUUCAAACCCUGGGACCAGCGGUUCGAUGACUCCGUCGUAGUUGAAAGCGACGUCGACGAUCAGCUCUUGUUUCACGUUCCUUUUACUGGUUCUGCAACCCUCAAAUCUUUGCUUGUCCGUAUAUUCCCUGACACCUCGGCUCCACAUUCUGUCUCCUUGUACCCAAAUCGAUCUGACCUAGAUUUCGGUGCUAUCCAAGACGCUCAACCAACAGAGUCUUUUGAGUUUCCUCUAUCUUUUUCUGGUAACCACAUUUUUGAAUUCCCCGUCAAAACACGCCUCUACCAAAAUCUUCGGAAUUUGAAUUUAUUUUUCUCAAGAAACGAUGGUACCGAUGAUCCCAUUCAGAUAGCCUACAUAGGUCUUCGUGGAUCGUUUGUCCCUUUCAAAGGAAAUCCUGUAAUCACUAUCUAUGAAGCUUCUCCUAACCCUGCAGAUCAUCCUCAAAUUAAUCAAGAAGAAGUAUACCGCUCUAUUUCUUAGUUGUAUUUUGUAACUGGCUUAAAUUCUCAGAAUCCUCUACGAUUGCAAAAGUGUGUUUCGUACCUUUUAUUCUUAGCUUGUCUUUUCAUCACUGGAUAUUUGGCUUUUCAGAUCGUUCAAAAGAAGAAAAUAAAACAAUUAUUUAUUUACAUAUGAGUUGAUAAAUUGCAUAAUCCUUUAAAUAGCUAAAAUUUAGAUAUGGUUUCCUUUCUAUUCUUAAAUAGCUCUCUCCUGGAUACAUCAUGUUCUAAGCUCCUCAAUCUGUAUCAUCGUUUUCUGGAUUCUUCAUUUGAUUUUUAUUUUGUUUGUUUGUAUGCAAUCGACAAUGCCGCCUUCGUUUUUUAUCCUUUGGUAAUUCAAAGCUUCUUCUCAACUUCAUUCGUAAAUCCGGUAUAGCAUAAUUAACAGACUUUACUGCACGUUUUUCUCGUCCAGCUCUUGCAGUCGUCACUGAAUGAGUAGACUCUUUCCCCCUGUAACGGUUGUCUGCUUCGUUUUGAUUUUUACCUUCAGAGUCAGCGACACUAUCAAAAGCUUUAAAAGGAAUACAAACACGAACAUUUGAAGGUUUUGAAUUAACCUGUUCUUUCAUUACCUCUUUUCCCGAAGGAACAUUAUUUUCAUUUUCUGAGAAGUCCUUCUCACUCUCUAUAGUGGUUUCAAUGUUUUCGAUAUUGUGAGUCGGUGGUUUCAUUUUCUUUAGCAUAGUUCUUGAGUUUGAUACGCAAUUGUUGGUUUUAUCAGCAAGGAUGCAUUUACUUGGUAAUUUAGGUAAGGGUGGAAAUUUGCUUUUGCGUCCUGGCAAGUGCAUUCCAGGAGGAUUCUCUAGAUCAGGGACAGAAAAGUCUUUUAAUAAAGGAUAUCGAGUCUUUCGAAAGGUAAUAUCUCUUUUUUCGUCAACAGAGUCGUUUAGGGUGGAUGAGGAACUCGUGGACGACUUUAAAGCAGUGUUUGUUGGAAGUAAUUUUUCAUCCAUUUCAAUCAUAAGGUGAUGAAUUUCUGAAAGCUUAUUACGAAUUAUUUGAAAAUCUUCAAAAUAUUGACGAUAAAAGCUUUCUGACUGAGAAUACGUUUGAACCCUCGAUUCCAGUUUGAUGAGAUUGUUUUUCAAUUGGCAGUUGUCUUGUAAAAGUUUUUCCAUUUCUAUCUCAGAUUGACUAAGUUUAGCCGACAACUGUGUAUUUACUCUGAUCAUUAGACUCAAGAACCUGGUGCGAAGUGCUGUUUUCUAUUUUUACACCCUUACCUAAUAAUUUCACGAUUUUGCUUGAGAAACCGUUUUUUUAAUGAAUCUAUGAAUAAAAUAUCCUCAUUUUUUGUGCAUUGAGGAUGAGUAGAUUUAUUCAUGUUUGUUUGUUGUGGUAUGGAAAGGAGAAAUUUGAAGUCUUUGAUAUGUAAACAAACAUACAAUUACGCAAGAAGAUUCCUUCCUCUAUGAAGACAUAAUUUAUAGAAACAGAAAAGCUAAUUAGUUUACUAACUAAUCGAAAAAAAUUCUUUAUAGAAAAAAAUUCAUAACCUUUCUAUUGAUUCCAUAGCUUCCUCUAUUAUCUACCUAAUUGCAG